GCGGAAAUCACCGAGGUUCUGUUCUUCGCUUGUGGCAAGUCUGCACCGAUAGGUAUGACCGUGACCUCGAGCCUCGUUCUUUAACUUGGGAAGCAGCGCAAAUGAACCUUUGGAGAAAAUCACAACUCGUGCGAUACCUCGGGGGUUUCUCUGGAAUUGAGAAGAAGGGCGGAAAAACUUGGGAACCAUGACGUUGUAUCCUCUGAACUUAAUACGAGGUCAUAAUAACUGUUGGGUCCCUGCUUCUGUACUUAUCUUUGCAGCUUUUCGUCCAGACUUCUUCCUUCCACUGAAAUCCGACGAAAUGACCUUAGGCUGUGCACCGUUCUCUGGCGGACUUGCAGACGACGAGUUAUCAAACUCAGCGCUGUUAUAUCCGACUCCGACACCAAGUCCAACUGACUUGGCAGCUGACAGUGACGCCGUAGCCUCUGUCUCAACGACGUUCUUCCUUGGUUCAUCGAUCGACCCGCUUGAAUCAGACCUUAUAGUGUCCUCGUCAGACGCUGUCCUUUUCUACCUGCACACUCACGUCAUCUUGAGCGCAUCGGACAAUGCCUUCGACUUUUUGCUAUCCGCACCCCCGAAGAGCCCAUCUUCAGAUAUGUUGCAAAAUAUCAUACACGUCCCAGAACCCUCAGCUGUACUGAACGUCGUCCUUCACGCCAUCUACAACAUAUCGUGCGCCCACCACGCACCGUCAUUUCAUACCCUAGAGGCUGCAGUCCCCUCUCUCAGAAAAUAUGGCAUGUCCCUCGAGCGCUACAUGUCGCCUUCGACUCCUCUCUACUCCCUCUUACUCUCUCACGCGCCUCUCUACCCGCUCGAGCUGUACACACUCGCCGCCUCUUACGAUCAACACGAUCUCGCCGCGUCCACGUCUGCGCAUCUCCUCUCGACGCCUCUGGACUCGCUGACAGAUGAUGUGGCACGGCGUAUUGGCGCACGGUACCUAAAACGCCUCUUUUUCCUGCACAUCCACCGCGUUUCUUCCCUCAAACACCUCCUUCUCCCGCCUCCCCGUCCCCAUCCGCCAACGUCCACGUGCGACUUGGAAGAUCAAAAGCCCAUCUCCCGAGCUUGGACACUCGCUGCCGCAUACCUCGUAUGGGAUGCCAGACCUGGUAUGCAUAUUUUUAUUUUUAUUUUUAUUUUAUCGUUUCGGGUGUGA